AUGGAACCAUCGUUGUUUGACGAAUUGCUUAAUAUGGUACAUAAAUUUGUUGUAAAGAAAAACACAAACAUGAGAGAUGCUAUUUCAGCACAUGACAGAUUAUGUGUUACCUUGCGGUUUCUAGCAUCUGGUGCAUCAUAUAAGGACUUGUCAUAUUCAUUCCGAAUGUCAACUUCAGUUAUUUCUACUAUUGUGCCUGUUGUAUGCAAAGCUAUUUAUGAUGUAUUGAAAGAGGAUUUUUUAAAGUCUCCAACAACAUCUGUUGAAUGGAAACAGCUAGCACAGGAAUUUGCAGAUAAGUGGCAAUUUCCGCAUGCUGUCGGAGCAAUCGAUGGGAAGCACAUUAAUAUUAAGGCGCCUCCAAACACUGGUUCUGAAUACUUUAAUUAUAAAAAGCACAACAGUGUUGUUUUACUUGCCAUUGCUGAUGCGAAUGCAAAGAUUAUAUCGUUUGACCUUGGGGCACCAGGAAGCAUGUCUGAUGGAGGGAUUUUUAAACAUGGUUUUCUUGAAAAUAUCUGCAAGUCUGAUGUAUUCCCAACACCGUCAAAAUUAGGCCAAAGACCAACUAAUAUCCCUUACUUUCUAUUAGGAGAUGAAGCUUUUGCAUUGGAUUUCAAUUUAAUGAAACCAUAUCCUCACAGGUCAGCAUUAGGAGAUGAGAAAGUGUUCAACUACCGACUGUCACGAGCACGGAGAAUCAUAGAAAAUGCGUUCGGAAUUCUUUGUGCCAGGUUUAGGGUCUUACUGCGAACAUUAGAGCUGGAUGUUCAAAAUGUAAUAGAGGUUGUUCGUGCCUGCAUAGCCCUUCAUAAUUUUCUGAUGAUAAAGAAAGACAGAAACUAUGCUCCAGCUGGUUAUUUAGAUAGUGAAGAUGAACAUGGGCAUCUAGUGUUAGGUGCAUGGAGAACGGAAAUUGAUAGUGCUGCCCACAACUUAAGUUGCCAUCCAAGCAACAGAUCAUCUACUGUACAGGCAAGAGAUAUACGUGAUGAUGUGAAGGAUUACUUCUUUGAAGAAGGAGCUGUCACAUUCCAGUGGAAAAUGACUGAAUAA